AUGGGCGUCACCCCUGAGAAACACCAUGGUCAGCGCGCCGUUGCUCUGGGUACGGGAGCCCCAUCCAGAUACUUCUCCCUCCGCAUUGCCAGCAUACUGAUAUCCGAACCUGCAGCCGAGCAUGACCAUCCAGCUGGUCCUGGUGGUACAUUCCCCCUGCUCGCGCUGCCCGUGGAGAUCCGCCACAUGAUCGUCAAGCUCUGCCUCGUGUCCCCCAAUGUCGAGACCGACGACCGAUGGGAGGUGGCAGGGCCAACCAUUGCCCAAAAAGGCAAGAUCACCACCAACGGCCGCGACUGGGAGACAGAGGACCUGAAGCCUUAUCUCACCAUGCGCCGCGUCUGCCGCGCCCUGCGCGAGGAUGCCGGUCAUCUCGUAGGUCAGGUCAACGUCUUCAAGAUCAAGCACCCGUACACCGCGAACGUGUGGUUCACGGUCAUGGAUCGAGACAGCCUCUCCUCUCUGCGCGCACUGAGCGUCACGCUCGUCACCAUGACGCGCCGCAAGCAGGACAAGUACCUCACCAUGACGGACGCCUGGAUGAAGGAAUACUGGUGCCUCUUCUUCAAGUCGCUCGUGGGCGUUCCGCUCCAGGAGCUCCGCAUCAACUUCGCCGAGUGGACCAAGACUCGCAAGACGGCCUUCUUCGUCCCCUUCUGGUACACUCUGGGCUGCCUCACCGUCACCAAGCGCCUGACUUUCGAGGGCAACUACCCCCGUGAGGGCCUGAUUUUCGUUCGUGGCAUUCAGGCUCGCAACCCUAAGCUUGUGUUCGUCGACGAGGGCGAUCAGUACGACUGGGAGUAG